GCAUGGGGUUGGGCGCGACGAUAGUGCGGCAGGAGCGGGUGGUGGGCAUGGCGAGUGGAGUGGGGGCGGCGGUGGCGGCGUAUUGGGGCUGCAAGCUCGCUGUGUGGCGAAGCACCGCUGCCACGGGAAGAGCCAUGGCCAACCAGAGCGCCCCGCCUGCACCUCCUCCGCUUGAGACAUCGGUUCAGCUGUUUGGGCCGUCCUUCAGGCACAGUGUGGCUCGCUCCUGGAAUACCGUAGUUGACUCCUCCCUUGGCGCGCUGGCCGCUGCCCUCAGUCGACAUGGCUGCGAGUCCACACUGUUCCUAACCAGCAUUAUCGGCACACACUAUUCCGGUCUUCGCUGCUCUCUCUCAACUAGUUCCCCACCAACCGCCAUGCAGAACCCCUGGCCGCCCCCGCAAGGGCCGAUGGUUCCUGCUCCCCCGACCAACGCACAACCGUAUCCGAACCAGCUUCCGAACCAGAUGUACGCGGGCCCGUACCAGGCCGCAAACGGAGGUUCGGCCGCAGGAUUCACAGGGCCGGGCGGGAUUGGCGCGCAGUACCCUGCAGGGCAACCUCCCGGUAUGGCCGCGCAGUGGAAUAGCGCGGGCGGGGCCGGGGGUGCGGGCACGUAUGGAUCGCCUGCCGGCGCGGCGACGACGGCGGGAUGGUCGUCCGCACCGCCUCCCAUGGCUCCGCCCAUGGGGGGAGCGCCUGGCUCCGCGCCCGGUGCGCCGUUCCGCCCCCCUUACCCGUCCGUGGGAGGUGUUGCCCAGAACCAGCAGCACUGGCAGCAGCCGGGUAUGCAGCAGCAGCAGCAGCCGCAACAGCAACCAUUCUUUCAACAGCCCCACCAAGGGCCACAGCAGCACGCACAGCCGCAGCAGCAGCAGCAGUGGCAAAAUCGCCCCCCGGUAGCUGCCACCUCUGGUGCCUUGCCAAUGGGCACCCCUCAGAGCAAACCCGUGGGUCCACCCUCCAUCGCCGCCCCUCCACAGUACCACCAGCAGCAGCAGCUUCCGCCGCCGCAACAGCCACAGCAGCAGCCGCAGCAGCACUAUCAACCUUCCAAGUCUUACCCUACUGCGUCUCCUCUUCCCAAUUCCAACUCGUCCUCUUUCCCGUACCCUGCCAUGCCACAGCAGCAGCAGCAGCAGCAGCCGCAAAUGCAACCUAUUCUCGCCGCCCCUCCCCGGCCUCCCCCACAAUCCCUUCCUUCCCUCAAAACCCCCCUUAUCCCCCGAACCCUGCGUUUGCCCCUCCGCCCAUGGCGCCCCCUCCUUCCCCGGUCGCCGGAGGUCCCCCUCAUUCUUCCGCCCCCCCUCCCUCGCCAGGCGCCCCUGGGCGGCCAGGAUGGAGGGGGAGGGGGGAUGGGGGCAGGGGAGGAGGCGGGGGGGGGAGAGGAGGGUGGGGAGAUGGGGAAAGGGGAGGAGGGAGGGGAGGCGGAGCGAGGGGCAGGGGCGGGGAGAGAAGUUGGGGUGGCGGUAGAGGUGGGGAGGGGCGGGGGUUUGGAGACGGAAGAGGUGGGGGGAGAGAGGGCAGGGGGAGAGGGCAAGGGGGGAGGUGGGGCGGACGUGGGGGGACCACCUGGGGUAGCUGCUCUUCCAACUUCCCCUUCACCAGCAUCACCAUCACCAUCAGCAGCAGCAGCAGCAGCAGUAGGAACACCAGGAGCAGCAGCAGCAGCAGGAGGAGCAGCAGUGGCGGCAGCAGCGUCCCCGUUCAUGUGUGCACCGUGUGACCGGUCGUUCUCCUCGCGUGACUUCCUCACUGCACAUCUCGCCACGCAUGAGGCCUGUGACUCGCCAGGCUGCUCCUUCUCCGCCUGCGGUAAACCUUCUAUCUCUCGCACUCCCCACACCCCACUUCUCUCCUCCUCUUCCAACCCACUGCUCCUCCUUUCGUUGCUUACCACCCCCUUCUCGGUCGCCCGCUUCUCCCCCUAUCCCCCCACUCUGCUCGAUCCUCGUCCGUUCGUCCCUCUGUUUCAACCUGUUCCUUUCCGCCCCCACCAUGCCCCUCCAUACCCGUCCUUAUUUGCUCCCCUUCCGCCCCUCUUCCCCCCACAUUCCUCCCUCCCCUACCACCUGCUCGCGUUGGAGUUCCGCAAGAAGGAGAGCCCCGAGCAGCUCGCCAAGUGGGUGGACGAGCGCCGCCGCAACUUCCCCACCGCCGCCAACCUGCAGCGCAAGGUGCCUCCACCCACCCCACCACGCGCAAGUAGGCAGGAGGAGGAGGCGAGGGAGCGCAAGGAGAGGGGCGAGCUGGUGGAUGAGGACCGCAAGUUGAGACAGCAGCCUGCUGCUCAAGAUUGGAUUGAUUUGCAACUUGCAAUCAUCCCUCCGCCACGUCCCGAUCCGCCACUCCCUUUGCCCCUCCCAUCGCUCUCUUUGCCUCUUCCAUUCCCCUUCACUCCCCUCAUUGCUCUCGCCAUUCUGUCAACUCACUCUCCCCCAUGUUCUUUCCCUCUCUUUGUGUUCCGUCCAUCCAUUCCUCGCUUCCAGCGGCUAAGGGAGGUUUUGGCCCUGCAGGCCAAUCUGGGCCUUCCCAUCUGUGAAGUUCCAACGCACCUGUUGCGCGACAACCAGGAAAGGGGAGGCAGGGGGAGGGGAGGCGGCAGGGACGGGUGGGAGGAGAGAGCGGGGCGAGGGGGGCGUGGGUGGCGGGAGGAGUGGAGGAGGAGGGGGAGUGGAGGGAUGGGCAUGCAAGGGCGGGGCCACUGUAAGUGGGAGUGGGUGAGGAUAAGUGAUGAGAACGAGGAAGGUGGGAGGUGUGAUAUGAAGGAGAUAAGCACGGUUAGAAAUAAGAGCGAGCAGGAGGAGGGUGGAGCUAACAUGGAGGAGAAAGAGGGAACGGAAGGAGUGAAGAAGGGCGAGGAAGCGGAAGGUAAACGGGGGGAGAGCGAGGGAGGAGAAGAUGGGCUGGAUGGGGAGGGAGAAAGGGGGUUGGGUGAGGGUGAAAGGGCAGCAAAGGUUCCCCGAUCAGUGAAGGAGGUGGUGGAAGAGGCAACAGCACCACUAGGUGAUGGUGAUGGCGCUGCUCCAGCGCCCUCUGCUGCGCCUACUGCUGCCACUGGGCUUGCUGCUUCAGGCAAGGCAGCUCCUAGCGUGACAGCUGAGCCCACAGGGGUCCACACUGACAGCCGCUUGUCCGCGCAGCAGGCUGUGCGGUCUGCCACAAAGCACGUGUGUGCUUUCUUCCUGCGCGGGCACUGCAAGAAGGGCGCUCGCUGCACCUUUGCCCAUGUCGCUGACCAGGACUGGCAGCAGCACGCACAGUGGGACGAGCAGGGGCACGGGCAGCAGGGCGGGUGGGCAAGCCAAGGGCAGGAGAGGAGCCAGAUGAACCAUGGCCACCAGAGCAACCGGGACACCCAGGGGGAUUCUCGGUCGCCGAGCCUGCUGGCGAGGCUGCUGGAGAAGGAGGUUCGGCGGGAGCGGAGCCACGUGCUGCAGGCGGUGCGGCUGGUGGUGAACAAUGACUUCCUGCUCGCCCACCCCUACAAGCCCCUGCUGCUCUUCCCCUGGGCGCACGACCAAGGCCCGCAGGGGCAGGCGGAGGCGGAGGGGGAGGGGAAGAGGAAGGGGAAGGGAGAAGGGCAGGAGCGGGUGUAG